AUGAAACCUCUAGUUUCAAACAUUGCUCGCGUUCAAGAGCAGGAUGGCAACGAUUCAGCAGACACCAGUGUGUUUUUCAAGCUAUACGAGGACUAUAAAAAGUUGGACACUGAAGCACAAGACGCCAGACGCUUGAACGAUGAAAAUUAUCGGACACACACAAUUUUCACCCGACAGAUGAAGGCUGAGGCUCCCGAUGAUUAUGCUGGAAAUACUCGGGCAACAAAAGAGUGGCAUCUAAAAGCUGCUUCUCUCGCAGAGUAUGCCCGUGACAAACUCAAGGCGUAA